AUGGGCGCGAAUAUUAGAGCCGACAAGAAGAAAAGGGCGGCUGGAGUCGCCAAACCAAAGUCAAAAAAGUCACCUCCUCGUCUGCCAGUCCAGCAGUUGAUCAUCCUAUCAAUAUGCAGAUUUGCGGAGCCGCUUGCUAUGACCUCUGUCUUUCCCUACCUGCCUGAAAUGAUCCAAUCCUUUAACGUCCCCAAAAACAAGAUUGCCAAAUGGGCAGGGAUCACGUCCGCUGUCUUCUCUCUGUCUCAGUGUCUUACCGGCAUUGCAUGGGGCCGGGCAUCGGACAGAUUUGGUCGCAAGCGCAUUAUCAUGCUUGGACUGUUUCUGACAAUGAUCAACGGUUUAAUCUUCGGCUUUGCACAGUCCCUUCCGUGGGCCAUUAUUGCCCGAGCCUUUCAAGGUCUAUCCAACGGAAACGUGGGAAUUCUCAGAACGACAGUUGCAGAAAUGGUUCCCGAAAGAGAACUACAGCCGCGCGCAUUCAGUAUCAUGCCUCUCGUCUGGUCAAUAGGAAGCAUCUUCGGGCCGGCAUUUGGCGGUGCUUUGGCUGAUCCCGCCGCAAGACACCCUAAAUUAUUUGGAAACAGCAAGUUCUUCAAGAAAUUCCCUUACGCAUUGCCUAACAUGGUAAAUGCGUGCUUUUUCCUCGUAGGCUUGGUCGUGGGAAUCUUGUUCCUUAGGGAAACACUGGAAACAAGAAAACAUCAACGCGAUUAUGGCCUCGUGUUGGGCCAAGCUCUCCUCCGGCCGUUCCGACGUGAUCAGCGCCUGAAACACCGCCAGCAUGGUAAAGGCGAUGAUAACGAGGACGAUGAUGAACGGGCAAUCCUUAUCCCCUCGCAAAAUGAGGAUGAUCCACGAGCGAAGCAGGCGGCUACCAGACCCCUGACGCCUCAGAAACCGCCGGGAUACGGAGAGGUCUUUUCACCUCAGUCGAAUAUCAACCUCGCCGCAUAUAGUAUGCUUGCAUUGCACUCUGUCGCAUUCGAUCAGUUACUCCCCAUCUUCAUGCAUCAUCCUGCUGCAGAGUUCAACGAGGAUGUGCAACUUCCCUUCAAGUUCUCUGGUGGUUUUGGAAUUAACUCCGAACGCAUUGGUGUUCUCUUCACCAUCUACGGCCUGUUUGGAAUGGUCACCCAAUUCACCAUUUUCCCUCCCGUGGCCCGCCGCCUGGGAAUCCUCAAAUGCUUCAAAAUCUGCGCCUUUGUGUAUCCUUUUAUCUACCUCGUCGUGCCGUUCACUGCACUCCUUCCCACCGCCGCCGCAAAACAAGGCGUCAUAAUUCCCAUCAUGCUCAUCAAAUGUCUCUGCGGCAUGUUCGCGUUCCCUUGCUCCACCAUUAUGCUCACCAACUCGGCCACCAGCCUGCGCAUCCUCGGCACCCUCAAUGGCGUCGCCACCAGUGUCUCUGCCGUAGGCCGAGCCGUUGGACCCGCAAUUGGAGGAAGCACAUUCACCCUUGGUGUCGAGUGGGGCUACGUCAUCUUGCCGUGGUGGGUGCUCGCCUUUUUGAGCAUUCUUGCUGCCGUUCCCGUCUUGUACUUGCAGGAGAUGAAGGGCUUUGCCAAGGACGACGACGACGACGACGACGACGACGACGAGGAUGACGCCAGCGAAACAGACACUGGACUUUUGGAAGAAGAAGCAGAAGACGACGUCACUGCUCAAAGCACACAGCCUGGUGCGUCUUUGAAUCAGAAUGAUGCUAAGCCCGACACCUACAAUUCGACAUGGACACCUUCUUCACCAUCUACAACAAAGAAGACGAAGACGAAGAAGAAUGAUCGGCAAGGAAGAAAGAACCGUCGUGAUCGAGACAAUGCCAUCCUAGAUGGCGAAGAAGACCUCUCUUCCUCUUCAUCUUCAUCCUUAUCGUCGUCUUCGUCCUCCUCAUCUGAUAACGAAUCCCGCGAAAAUGCACCUCUUCUUGGAGCAAAAAGACCCUUGAACAAGAAAAAAUCUGGUCAUAAUCAUCGCCAUCACCGCGUCUCUAGCCCAAUUGGACUGCGUGAUGCCCUUGGACCGCACGGCUCGCGCCGGCUGAGCGAUAACCUCGGCCCAACGAAUAAUGGAUACGGCGCUGGCGGGACCUCGUGGCAUUAG